GCAUUUGUACGCCCUGCCUUCGUCUACUGCUCGAACACCUUUCCUCGAUCACAUCGGCGCCUAGCAGUCAUGCCUCCUCCUUGUCCGCCCUUCACCGAAGAGACAGCCCGACAGAAGGUAAAGACGGCGCAGCACGCCUGGAAUGGCCAAGAUCCGGACAAGGUGGUAUUGGCGUACACAGAGGAUACCAUCUGGCGGAAUCGAGAUGAGUUUCUCCAUGGCCGCGAAGAGAUCAGAGAGUUCCUCAAGCGCAAAUGGUCAAAAGAGACGCACUACCGACUCCGUAAGGAGCUCUUUGCCUUUACCAGCAACAAGAUUGCCGUUCAAUUCUGGUACGAAUAUUGGAACGAUUCCCUCUCCACCUGGCGUAGAUGCUAUGGUCUGGAAGACUGGACCUUUGCUGAUGAUGGGAGGAUGAGGAAGAGGAUGAUGAGUGGGAAUGAAAUCUCAAUCCAGGAGGGGGAGAGGUGGUUUACCGGGGCUGGAGAGGAGGAGUGGGAUCGGGUGGAGAUUAGUGAAAGACAUUGGUGAGCCAGUGUUGUGAUGAUUGGAUAGCUAUGUUUUGAGUAGAAGUACAAAAUGGAUGGAAGUGGAUGUACAGGUUCGCUGGAUUCUCCGCUGUCGCCUUGUCUAUUUCAUGUAUUUGGCGCAGGCUGUGGUCGUCCCUCGACGAGUCGCGU